AUGCUGCCCAGUCCCGGAAAGGGUGAGUGCUCGUUAAGAACCUGGCGCGUUAGAACUGAUCACACUCAUCGUUGACUGGUUUUACGCUCUACUUUUAGGCAACUUCACUGGAGAUGCUGCUCAAGGGGCGUGCUUGUCUGCGGCCGGCUCGCGGCAACUUCCUUCGGGCGGGCAGACAAUCUUCGACGGCAUAGGUGAGGUCUGCGGCGAUGACUGCCGGCAUGAUCAGCGCUGCAAUGUUCUUAGCGUCUUCCUCUCGUUUCGCAGGCUUGGAGUAUCGUUGCGACAAUCGCGCGUUCGACUUCUCCUUCAAGAUUCCUACUCGAGCCCUGUGUAGCUGUGAUGGCGCCCUCGACCUGGCACAACUCGGCUUGAACGAUAAGUCAGGCGUCAAUGCUAAUGCUUGUGGAUUGGCAGAACGCCAAAGGCAGCCACUCGCUGCCGGGCGCAUCGGCGCUGGAGGGAUCGUAGGAAUCGUGCUUGGGACGGUAUCUUUGCUAGCGCUGUGCGCGGCAAUCGCUACCGUGGCGCACAGAAGACGCAAGGGUCAACGUGGUGAAAGACGCCACGUCGAAAGCGCAACCACGGCCUUCGCGCGCAUUUGGGCGAGGACGAGAAUGCACGGACGCGGUCGAGAAAACAUCGAGCUCGCAACGACCUCAAUCAACAGCUCCGCCUCUGGUACGGAAUCUAGUGCAACAGCUAGCACGUCGAACAGCGCUGAGACUGCCCUUUCCUUAGCUUCUUCUCCCAGCGACCGACAAUUGGUUUCUUCCCUUGAUUCCGCAACAAGCUCAGCAAACACCUCUGUCGAAGCACUUGACGCGCAACAGGAGAGGCAGACAUCGCGGGUGCUGGAGGAGCACGUGGAGCCGAGUUCCAAGUGA